UCUGGUGCAGUAGGUGGCCGUGCUGGGGGGGCACAGGGCUCAGGGACACCCGUCCCCCUUCCCAAGUUCCCAGCGGGUGCUAGGACCCAGCAGCUGUCCCCGUGUGACCGCCACGGCUGCAGGCAGCGCCGGCAGCGCCCGGGAGUGACAGCUGGUGCCAUCCACAGCUGGUGGGUGACGAGUGGGUGACGGUGGGGACGGGAGCGUGGCCCUGUGCAGACGCCAGCAGCCCCUUUUCUGCUGCGGGAGCCACGCUGGUGAGAAGGACCCUGGCGAGGAGCAGAGCACCCACCUCCCCAGGAGCAAAGGCAAGGAGAAGACAGAGGCCAUGGUUGUGGUGGGGUUUCCCUCUAAGGGAUGCAGGAGAAGAGCCCUUGCUGCCCAGGCACCAGAGCUGCUGGCUUAGUCCUCAGGGGGAUGGCAAGCCAAAUGGGGCUGAACACCACAGACAGCUUAGAGCUGCUGUCCAUCCCUGAGCAGUCCAUUGCUCAAGAUGUGGUGGGCCUCUUCUUCAUGGUCCUGCUCACCCUCAUUGCCCUAGUGGCCAACACUGUGGUCAUGAUCGCCAUUCUCAAAAGCCCCCUUCUCAAGAAGUUAAUCUUUGUCUGCCACCUCUGUAUGGUUGACCUGCUCUCUGCCAUUUUCCUCAUGCCCCUGGGGAUCAUCUCCAGCUCCUCCUGCUUCAACAGGGUGAUCUACAGCACUGUUGAGUGCCAGGCCUUGAUGUUCCUGAAUAUCUGCUUCAUCAGUGCCUCCAUCCUCACCAUCUCCAUCAUCAGCGUGGAGCGGUACUACUACAUUGUUCACCCCAUGAGGUAUGAGGUCAAGAUGACCAUCAGGCUAGCGGUGGCCGGAGUCAUCUUCAUUUGGGUCAAGUCUGCUCUCAUCCCUGUCUUGGCACUGGUGGGCUGGCCUCAAGGCAGUGGGGCCACCAGCGCCAGUCGCUGCACAGUCUACUGGAGUCCUGGGGUCCACAAGAAGGUUUUUGUGAUCAUCUUCAGCAUUGUCUGCUUUGUCCUGCCCACCACCAUCAUCUUUGCUGUCUACUGCAGUGUCUACCGGGUGGCCCGGAUGGCAUCCCUGCAGCACGUGCCUGUGCCGGCACAGGCAGUUGCGCCGAGACGCCGAUCUGACUCCAUCGCCAGCCAAGUGACCAUCAUCACCAGGAACCUGCCAUUGCCCAGGCUGAUGCCAGAGCGUUUUUUGGGAAGCAACAAGGCCAUCCUCACCUUGGUCCUCAUUGUGGGACAGUUUCUGUGCUGCUGGCUGCCCUUCUUUGCUUUCCACUUGCACUCCUCUGUUGGUACGAGCACAGUAGAUGGUGGUCACGGGGAGAUGGUGGUCACCUGGAUUGCCUACUCCUCCUUUGCCAUCAAUCCCAUCUUCUAUGGGCUGCUGAACCGCCAGAUCCGGCAGGAGCUGGCCCGGCUCCGGCGCAGCUGUCUCAACCGGCCACUGGGCCAGGAGAUCUGUCUUUCCAUCUCGGAGGCUUCUGUUCAGGAAAACUUCUUGCGGUUCGUCCAGAGAGCGACUUGCACACUGGAGCCCCAUGCCAGCUGCAUCAGCCCCAGCCCCAGGAACAGGCUGGACCAGACCAAGAUGGACUUCCCCAUCCCAGGUCAAGUUCCUGAAGAGAGCGGCUGAGAAGUAGGAGGUCCUGUCCCACCAUGCUGGGCAGGAUGGUGGGCAGGGAGCCUGCAUGGAUGGGCUCUCCCUGGGACAUGGGAUGCCAAGGGGCUCCUACACGUGGGCAGAGGAGGGGGCACCUCCAGGUCUGUCACCCCACUGAGAUGACUCAAGGCCAGCAGGGAAGAGCAGAUGUCCCUUGCACCCUUCCCAGUAGCAAUGACCCAGCUAACACCACUAACCCCAGUAACACCAGGGCCCAGGGCACCCACUGAGCCCAGACAGCUGAUGUGGAGCCCUCCACCCUUGGCUGUUUAAGCUCACACUAACAUCAGGUUGGAGGAGCUCCUGUCACCUGUGAGACUUAUCAUGGGGACAGCACCCAUGGGGCUGGCUCUGGCUGUGUCUGUAUUUUUCCUGCUGGUGUGGCAACAUGUGAUGCCCGUGGCCAUGCCUGGCUGUGUCCCCUGCCCCACCCAUUAUGACUGGCAGUUGUCUCCCAGGGGGGAUGCUGGCUGGCCAGGGGUCCGUGCCAGGCUGUUUAUGGACACAGCUGCCCAGUUGAAGCCCAGCCAGAGGUGCCACGUGCCAGCCCAACUGGGCUGCCAGCCAGGGGUGUGCUGGGCUGGGAGAGGUGACACAGGCUGGUGGGGGAGGGGGUGGCAUGUGUGGUGGCCCUGGGCAGCAGCAACUGCAGGGGACCAGGAACCACUGUCCCCCUUUGGUCCCAUUGCUUCUGCUGGUCUUGGAGACCCUUCUGUGGGGUUCCCAGUGGAAGCAAAGGGAUUGGCUCCUGCUGGGAGGAUGCUGGAGAGGUACAUCACCCCCAGCCCGCCCACAAAGCUCCCAGAGAUGGUGCUGAGGUCCCAGGGAUGAUGCUGAUACAGUGGGUUGGAGAAGCCCCUGCCCCAUGGCCUCUCAAACUGCCCCAUGGCAGGGAGGGGGCUCUGGGAAGACCCCCAGAGAGACAGGGGCUGAGGACCAGCACCCCUCUGGCCACAGGGACACUCCUCCUGCCACCACCAUCCCAUGUCCCCAGGAGGUGGGGCUGCCCCAGCUGUGGGGGGUAUAUCUCCACCCAGGGUGGGCCAUAUUAUUAUUUUUGUCUUGUAAAUUUUAUCUUUUUAUUAAAUCAUUGAUAAGUUACAAAGGAGGAAAAAAUAUAGACUUAUAUAUACAGCAUUUCCAAGCCAGCAGGGACCGGCUCUUGGAUGGGGUUUCUGGGAGGCUACUGCCUUCAGGGUGGUCUCAGGAGG